UGAAAACGAUUCGCGAUCCAUUCCCUGCUCCCCUUGUCUGUCUUCCCAGUCGAGGCGUGCCGCUCUCGUAGUGAAGGUCUUUCACUGUCGCCGGCCGUUCUUCUUCCCGAUCGAAAUGAAGAGAACGAGUCCCACCCUGGCGCUCCUAUUCCUGCUCCUCGCGGUCCAGGCCCGCGAGAUCCAGGCUCAGCGAUCGGGGACGAACGCGACCCUCACGGAGGAGAAAGGUACAACGGAGGCCUCCCGCUGCCCCAUGCCCAGCAUGGACUGCCUGAUCCCGACCCACGUCCGCCUGGCGAAGGCCGUCCUCGCCUGCGUGUCCCUGCCCGACUUCACCUGCUGUCUCUGUGCCUCCCAGCUCAUCUUUCUCAUCUCGGCCGCCACCUUUCCCCUCGUCUUGGCUGCCGGGCUCCUCUCAGUCGUCUCCGAUCCCAACUUCAAUCCACUCCGUACUUGAAAUUUCAAUAAAAGAGUUUGAGAGUUCGGACGAAA